AUGCUUGGCCCGGUCGCAUACAACCAGAGUGCUAAAACACAUACAAAGUCUGGUAAAUCAGACAAAUCAAAGGUGUUAGAUGAGAAGAGUUCAUCUACAGGCCCGGCAUGUGGAAAGGUUGUAGAGGAGAAGAAACGGGAUGCCGAGAAAAGAAGUCUUGAUAAGCUGCGUCUGCAUGCCGACGCUAGGCACGGCACCUCGGCUAAGCAUCUCUGCCACACGUGCGGGUUCGUCUGCCGAGCCCCGUCCGUCUUCCACCGACACGUGGCGACACACGGCGGCGGCGGCGCGCACUCCUGCCACGCAUGCGCGUUCACGUCGCGCACGCCCGCCGCGCUGCUACGUCACCACGCGCGCGAUCACGUGCCGCGACAGCAGCACCCUCUCUCGGCCGACGACGACGAUGUGGAGCGGUUCUGGCGCUACGAGAGUGCGCAUGCGCAGCCGUACCGCUGUCUCGUCUGCACGUACGCGUGCUGCUUCAAGCACAACGUGCGUCUGCACGUUAAGCGGCAUUUCAACAUCCGGGAACACGCGUGCACGCGCUGCGAUAAGCGGUUCGUGAGUAGUGCCGCCGCGCAUGCGCACGAGCGACAGACGCACUACAAGCUGCACGCGUACGUCUGCUGUUACUGCGACUUCUCCAGUCCUUACUGGCGCACCGUGGACCAGCACAAGAAACGGCGACACGGGGGUGGGCAGGCAGUGCAGGUAGCAGAGACACCGCAGUCAACAGACUAG